GCACAGAGUAGCUACUUUGUAAAUAUAGCUUGUCACUUUUAGUGCUUGUGAUUUUGUGUUUAGACUUCAUAAAAUGGGCCAUAAAUAAUCAUAAUUUCUAAAGAAUUUCUACUAAUUGGGGCCUGGGGGCUGAACAAAACAAUAUGGCACUAUUUAAAUUAAAGGCUGCUACCUGUAUUUUAAUAGAAGAUGACUAUAACAAAAAUGUACUUCCACUAAUUUCUGAAUUAGUUGAUAAUUCCGGAAAUCAAGAGGCUGUGAAGAUACUGUGCUAUGACCAACCUGCCUGCGUCUGGCAAAACGUUUUUACAGGAAACUCACUUCAGUGCUUCAAAGAUUCGGAGUUGAAUGAGUGGCUAAAACCAUCUACUGUUAAGUGUAUUUAUAUCAUUGAUUCAGUAAAUCAAAUGAUAUUAGAUGUUGGCUGGAACAACUGCAUCAAAUACAUAAGGAGUGUGUUUACAAAUUCUUUAGUGGUGAAACUUAUUUUAAUUUUGCAUCGAGAUUGUCUAAUAAAUUCCAAAAUACAGAUACAGCUAAAUCAUCUAGCGAAUGCUGUUGUGUCAUAUGAUGAAAAAAAGCACAAUAUAGUGAGAGUUCAAAGUAAAAAGGGUAGUAAAUUUUUUAAAAGUGAAGAGUGUCUUUCACUUGACACUUUGACUUCCACUUUAAAACUGACACCUGUGGUUAAGGAAGUUUUAAGAGUUGAUGAGCUGGAAAAAGUUUUGCCGAAUGAAUUAUCAACAUUUAAGAUAGAAAUAGACCAAAUCCAGCAACUGGAGAAAAACAAAUUGAAAUUGCCCUAUAUGAGUAAAAUUAAUGAGGGACAAGGUAAAGUUUAUUAUGAGCCAGAUGCAGUUGAUGACUGGGAUGAUGAGGACCCUGAUGAUGACCUAGAUAUAUGAAUAUAAUUCUUUACACAUUU